AUGAGAAGUUUUCGGAAAAAUAGCUUUACACCAACAAGUGUAAAACCCGUUGGAUACAAAUGGGUAUUUGUGAGAAAAAGUAAUGAGAAAAAUGAGAUAGUUAGAUACAAGGCAAGACUUGUAGCCCAAGGAUUUUCUCAAAUUCCAAGGAUUGAUUAUGAAGAAACAUAUUCUCCAGUAGUUGAUGCAACUACAUUGAGAUUUCUGAAUAGAGGAAAUGCGCCUUUGAGUAAUGUGGAAAUUUGGAAAUCAGUGUGGAGGUUAGAUGCCCCACCGAAGCUCCUCCACUUCAUCUGGAAUGCUAUAAAGGGCAAUUUAGCUUUAUGUCAACGCUUGGCUCAGAGACAUAUAACGGUGGAUGAUGUGUGCCAGAUUUGUGGGGAGAACUUGGAAACCAUUAACCACGCUCUUUUUUAUUGUCUGUAUGCUAAAAGUGUUUGGGAGCAGAGCAAUUUUUUGAGCCUAAUCGCCGUAUGCACAGCUGACUCAUUCAUGGAUAAAUGGGCUACGGACGUUUGCCACUUUGUUGUAUGCUGCUUGGCGAUGCAGAAAUAUCCACAUUUUCGAGAAUGA